GAAUAAUCACAUCCUCCACGUGCUCUGUUUUCACUUCUUCUGGUACUUCUAUUUUGUCUCCACCUGCAAAUCUUAUCCACCGAUCGAUUCCUCUGUUUUCAUCAGACAAAUCAAACACCCAUUAAUGGAAAACAAACACCCACCGCCGGCGCCGCCCUCAUUCACGGCGGAGCUCUUCGGCGACGGUGGCUCUCAGUCGUCAUCCGCCGGAAUUUUCUCCUCAAUUUUCCCCCCACCGUUUACGGGAUCUGCACAAAAAGGGAGUUCACCGAGUCAGGUGUGGACUGCCACCCAUGGAACUUCGGCGGAGAACGUGGCGAAGAACAGCGCAAGUGCAAAUAGUAGUGUAAUGAACAUGGAGAGGAGGUCAAUCUUUCAGGAGCGAGUCGUACCGUCUCCACUAAGUUCAUCUUUAUACUACGGUGGGCAAGAAGAUAUGUACGUCUGUUCUUCAAGUGGCCCGGCUUCACAAUCAUAUUCUAAAUUCAAGAAAGUUGACGGGAAAGAUGAUCCUAAUCAUUUACACAGUGCUUCUCGAGGAAAUUGGUGGCAAGGGUCGCUUUAUUAUUAAGACGCUGCCACUUUCUAGACAACAACAUGAAUUAUCCAGCUAUUAACUAAGGAAAUUCAUGGACACUUGAUAGAAGUUUGAAGCUUUUGUUGAUAUAUGAAAUAUAUCUGCAGUAUUUUCUUCUUUUGUUCCCCUUUCAUAUCAGACUCUUUUUUUGUGACUUUUGGUUUAUGAUUUUUCAGGGUUUUUAUAUAAAUAAAAGCUUUGAUGCUAUGCAUCUUUGCAUAA